AAUUAAAGACCACAUGAUUGUCAAAGUGAUCUCCUGAUGAUUCCUUUGAUCUGAUCUAAUACCAAAACACUUCUUUUCUAGUUUCCAACUUGGUUCUCCUUUAUAAAAGUUACUUUUUCUUCUCUGAAAUAGUAGACACUGUAAAGAGUUCUGUUUCUGCAUCUGAGUUUGGUCUGAUACAGCUGAGGAGAAAAGAGGACGAAAACAUGGCGUUUGUGACAACUGCGGAAGUCUGUGACGCGAAUCAAGAGCUGAUCCGGAGUGGUGAGCUCAGAGCUAUGCAACCCAUUUUCCAGAUUUACGGCCGUCGACAGAUAUUCUCAGGUCCCGUUGUGACUGUCAAAGUGUUUGAAGACAAUGGCUUGAUCCGUCAGUUCCUCGAGGAGAAAGGUAAUGGAAGAGUACUUGUGGUGGAUGGUGGAGGGAGCCAAAGAUGUGCAAUACUCGGAGGCAAUCCCGUGGUUCAAGCUCAGAACAACGGAUGGGCGGGAAUCAUUGUGAACGGAUGCAUCAGAGACGUCGAUGAGAUCAACGGUUGUGAUAUUGGAGUGAGAGCUUUGGCCUCUCAUCCAAUAAAGGCGAGCAAGAAAGGACUUGGAGAGCAACGAGUUCCAGUUAAUAUCGCAGGGACUCGGAUCUGUGAUGGAGAUUGGGUUUAUGCUGAUACUGAUGGCAUUCUUGUCUCUCAGACCGAGUUAUCCGUUUAAUACAAAAGGGUUUUGUCUUCUUGUUUCUUUGGUUGCAUGCAUUUGGAUCAGUUUCUAAGAACACAUGAACUUGAUUAGUGCUUUUUUACAUGAUGCUACUGCUCUUUACUCCCUCUGUUUUAGUAUAAUUGGUGUUUAUUUUAAAUAAAAUUUAGUGUUAUUUAAAA